GCCAAGCAAAAAAAAAAAAAAAAAAGAUGAAGACGUCAGGCUGUGGUCUUUCGGCGAUUCUUCGAAUUCACGAUCUUAAAGUCAUAUGAUUCACAGCAAAUAUAGCAACAAAUGUCUCAAUUAGUAUUUCCCAAAGCCACCAAACGUGCAUUGAGUUUGGAGCGAUAUCUGAAGUGAAGAUUGAAGACGUGAUAGAAGAUGGACGACUACUGCUAUGCUAAGAUGGCGACGUCAUGUCAAAGAGAAAGUGAAAGAGAAUCAGCGCCACCAACGGAGAACAAUCUGAAAAGCGGAGAUGAAGACGUCCAGCAGUUGAUCGGUAGUUCAGAGGAAGUUUCCCCUCAGUCAGGGGGGAGCUCCACUUUGAAGCAGGAGACUCCACAACCACCCUGCAUUAAAAAGGAAGAGGAGGAACUCUGCAUCACUCAGGAGGGAGAGUGUCUUCUAGGACGAGAGGAAGCUGAUUACACCAAGUUUCCACUGAGUAUUCUCUCUGAGAAGACUGAAGAUGAUGAAGAGAAACCACAAGCAGACAACCUCUUAGCUCCACUAUCAGAUAGUGAGGUUGAAGAAUCUUUCAGCAGCGAUACAGACUGUGAGGAUGAUAUGAGGACUCACACUGACAACAAACACUCUGAAUCCUCUAAAAAGAUAAAAGGUAAAAAAUGUUUCAGCUGCUCAGUUUGUGCUAAAAGCUUUUCUGUUAAUGGCAUGUUGACUCGACACAUGAGAACACACACAGGUGAAAAACCAUUUAAGUGUUCAGUUUGUGGCAAAAGCUUUUCUCGAAAUUACCGUUUGACUCGGCACAUGAGAACACACACAGGUAAAAAAACUAUUAAUUGUCCAGUUUGUAGCAAAGGCUUUUCUCGAAAUAACCAUUUGACUCAACACAUGAGAACACACACAGGUAAAAAAACAAUUGAUUGUUCAGUUUGUGGCAAAAGCUUUUCUCAAAAAUGCCGUUUGACUCAACACAUGAGAACACACACAGGUGAAAACCCAUUUAACUGCUCAAUUUGUGGUAAAAACUUUUCUUUAAAGAGCCGUUUGACUCAACACAUGAGAACACACACAGGUGAAAAACCAUUUAACUGUUCAAUUUGUGGUAAAACCUGUUCUUUAAAGAACCGUUUGAAUAAACACAUGAGAACACACACAGGUGAAAAACCAUUUAGUUGUUCAGUCUGUGGCAAAAGCUUUUCUGUUAACAGCCAAGUGACUAAACACAUGAAAACACACACGGGAGAAAAAACAUUUAGUUGUUCAGUGUGCUGUAAAAGGUUUGCAUAUACUUCAGCCGCUGUAAAACACAUGAAAACACACAACAUAAAAUAAGCAAUUAGCUGUUUAGUUUGUGGUAUGUUGCUCAUAUGUGGCGACAUCCGCCCUACCCAGGACCUCCUCACUGCUUCUUUCACAAAUAUAAAUGAUAAAUGGGUUGUACUUGUAUAGCGCUUUUCUACCUUCAAGGUACUCAAAGCGCUUUGACACUACUUCCACAUUCACACACAAAUUCACACACUGAUGGAGGGAGCUGCCAUGCAAGGCGCCAACCAGCACCCAUCAGGAGCAAGGGUGAAGUGUCUUGCUCAGGACACAACGGACGUGACGAGGUUGGUACUAGGUGGGAUUUGAACCAGGGACCCUCGGGUUGCGCACGGCCACUCUCCCACUGCGCCACGCCGUCCCUAUAUCUGAGGCAUUCAUACAAACUUGGAUUAUUUGGAGUAUAAUCCUAUAUGUGGGGUAUUAUCUACUCAUGACCCCAUGAAACCUUCCUGAACAGUAAGAUAGAUGAUGCUUCAAGUGCUUGGUUACUCCUUCUUCAGUCCAGGGACCUGGGGCCUCAUGUGUCAAGUUUGUGCACGCCCAAAAACCUGCACUACACCCUUUAUCACUGCAAAGUUGAGAUGUAUCAAAAUUGACGUUGACGUAUAAGAGACGCUGGGUAACUGUUUGCAUAACAAAGUGCCAACUUUCUCUCCUCACACUGAUUGAUGUGCAAAUCAGAGACAUUUGAACAAUUAACCCCCAACACCCACAACCCAACCCACACCUCCCUCGACAUUCGGGCAUAACAGGUUCAAUCCGGCCCGCUAGAUAAGUUUGCCAAGUGUAAAAUUCAGCUGCAUUUUUUAAUGAAAGAAACUGCUGUUCCUAUUGUGUCCACUGGAUGUCGCAAUAGCAAUUCUGUUACGCAAGCAAAUAGUUUGUACCGGGGCGAGCAAGUAUACCAAGCAAGAGGUACACAGUAAAGCGGGGCUGUGACUCCUCCCCCUCCAGCCAACGUAAAAGAGGAGUAAAAUAAUCAAUCAGUAACCCCACUUCAAAUGCAGCAUGAGACACUGCACACUGAUAUAGUUCUGUGAAAAUGAUUGUCUUCUGUGCAAAUGUAAAGAAAGUGAACAGUGUGUGAUUUACUGCAAUACUGUCACUCUUUCUACUUUUUAUUUGUGCUUUGUUGAAAUUGUUCACACAUUGCACUGCUUUUAUUUUUCUGUCAAUACACAUUAUGUCUAGAAGACAGGAAGUAACUCAACACUCUUGAAUAGUUUCUACCUCAGUGUGUAUGGUUUGUUGAGUUAGCACAGGAUUAAUAUGUGGAAAUGACAAAUGAGGUAGUUGAUACAUAGAAUAGCUUUUAUUCAUGCUUUAUUUGAUUUUUUAUUUAAUCAUUGAUGGGCUGUGAUUUAAAGUUUAAUUGCUUUGCAGAAACACUGAAAUUUGGUCUAAAUUCAUUGUGUUCUUCAAGGUGUUUUUGAAACCGCACCAUUUUUUUCCUCUGAAUUUUCAACUAACUUAAAGUGUUUUGUCAAGAGAAUUAUUUGUGAUAUGUACAUUUUCAGAAUGUGCUUGUUCUAUUUUGGGCCGAAGUAAAACAAAGAAAACACUUUGAAGUUGUCUUACUUGUAUUUUUAAGUGAUCAUGCCAUGAUUUUACCCGUCCCGCCCGCGUGGAAAUAGAUUUUCCUCCAUGCGGCCCCUGAGCUAAAAUGAGUUUGACAGCCCUGCUGUAAUCUGACUCAUGUGAGCAGGUUACUGUAUAAACACAUUUUGUUAUAAGUUAUAAAAAUGUGUUCAGUUCUCAGAGACACAUCAAUGUCAGGCUGACAAUCGCUCUUCCGCUUUCUCCAAACACGAGAACAAAGCAGCUCCUACUGACUUGUGAUUGGUCAGACCGUGCCGAUCUUAAUCACAUGGCUAAUUGCAAUAUAAUAAAUUGCAACAUAAUUGAA